AUGGUUCUACGAAUGGUAAAACUCACUAACGAUGCCGACUACGAUGCCGGCGAAACGUCUGGAAAUGUACUACGUCCACGGUCCGACUUUGGAAAUGAUCAUGCAGACAUGGGACCCCGGACUAGGUGCGUUCCUCUAAGCCUUCCUACCAAUAUGACCAAGUUGCGAAAACAAGGUCAAACAACAUCUAGGCAACGAAAGGAAACUGCGACCACAAAAGGCCACAUCACCUUGGUCUUCAUACCUACUUCCUUAUAUUUCGAAUUUUGUCCACUUAUGCAUCUCAUGCUUUGGUUGGAUGUUCUGUGCAUUGUCUCUAAAUUUGCCCAUAAGUUUAGUUAA